GACGCUGAAGCUUAAUCGCUAGAUUUGCUCUGUCGACAUCAGGUCACAACCACCUUCAUUGAAUUCAUAGCACUGCAAAGAUUUUUACUGAAGCUUCAACGGUUCAAACGAAAUGGAACCAAGAAAUGCGCAAAUAUGGAAGAUGCCUGAAUACACACGGGAUAACUGUGCACCUUUGGGGAAAGAAUUCUUCGACUCAAUGGACCGUGUUGACGAGGGAGCCUUGGCGAGGCUGAUAGUUGAAAUGCAGUUGAAUACGUUACAAGACCUGCCCGACCUGCGCACUUUGUUCUUCAGGAGAAGACAACAACAGAUGAACUACGUCGCAGCACAGUACGGUAGGAUUCCGGCAGCGUAUCGCGUUCAACAGCAAUAUUCUCCUGUCUCUCGAGCGAAAUCAUGGGCCAUGCAUGCCUAAUAUGUCAGAGUUGUUGUCAAGGAGAAAGCUGAAUACCACAAUUUGACCAUGGACAUAUUUGGUCUAGAAUGAAAUUGUUGUAAAUAGACCGAUUUAAGAGGAGUAUUUAUGUUUCAAAACACUGUGGCAACCAGUGAACGACUGCGGAACUGUUCUAUGCGAACUCCGCCAAUUUAAAUAUCUUGCAGGGAAAACUGGAUAUUUUUCUCUUCGCAAAACAACUUGGAUAUGAGACUUCAGGUGCAAAGAACAUUUUCAAGCAAAUUGUUCAAAUCUUUAGCAUAAUAUUCAUGGACGAAACCGCAGAGGUGAACAAUGGUAAGAGUGUUCAAAUAUUCAAAUAUCGCCUACCCAAAAUGUGUGAAAAAUCCUGCUAUUGUGUCGAGUAAAAAUUGGCAGGCAAAGAUAUGCCACGUUGUGUAAAUAUAAUAUAAAAAGUACUUUUAAUUUAAGAAAACUACGAUAUUUUUGUAUAGUUCUAAGACGCCAUGAGAAAUAAACGAAGAAAGCACACUAGAGCAAAAUUAAUUUUUUUUAGUUUGCGUGUGCGUGACAAAAGAAAAAAAUUUAUUGACUAAUGUGAAUUUGCCUAAGUAGACUUGUAAUAUUCGAACUGAAAUAAAAUAUUUGCAUAAAACUGA